UCUUGGAUUCUCCGUCGCCAUAUCGGUGCCAUUCUUGGAGUUGAUCGCGCUCUCCUCUGUGCCGACAUUGAAUCCGAUUUCCCGAGAAAAAUCACUCCUUUGGUUUUCGUUUGUUUCGGGUGUGGAUUUCGGCGGUGGGUAUAGUCAAUCCAUGGGUGCGUUGAAGAAUUCCACUGCCCAGCGUAGGGUUAGCCCUCGACUGCAGAACCUUCCCGACGAUCAACGGCCCUACUAUGGUCCCAGUCCGAAACGGACAUCCGACUCCGCCCAAAACGACGCCGUUGCAAAGAAGAAACCCAAGGUUGAGAAACCCUCAGCACCGGCGCAAAAGUCUGCGCCCAAUGCGAAAUCAAGUAAGGAAAAAGAAAAAGUCGAAGCUCAAAAUGUAGAGAGCGAGACCAAGACUGGCCCGGAUGUGGAAGAUGGUGGUGCGGAUUUUUUUGCCCCUGAUGGACGUUUGACUGAUGAAAACGGUGUAAGCUUCACGGCACGCUUGAAAGAGACGCUCAGACUUUUUAAUUUGCAUUACCUUCACUUUAUUCAGGAAGAGGAGAAAAGAUGCAGUAAGCUGGAGAACGGAACUGCAUGUUGUGAUGAUCUUAAGGAGCCUUCCAGGAGACCUGGGAAUGAUAGUGCAUGUGACGAUAAGAGGCAGUCCAAGAGACCCGAUCUGAAGGCAAUUUCUAAGAUGCUGAGCAACAAUGAAAUUUUAUACCCUGAACGGAAAAUUGGUCAUGUCCCAGGUAUUGAGGUCGGGCAUCAAUUUUUCUCUCGGGCUGAAAUGGUGGCUGUAGGGUUUCAUGCACACUGGUUAAAUGGAAUCGAUUACAUAGGAGAAUCUAGAGGCAAGGAGAAAUACAAACGCUAUACCUUACCACUCGCAGUAUCAAUUGUGAUGUCCGGCCAAUAUGAAGAUGAUGUUGAUAACAAAGAAGAAGUUAUCUAUACUGGUCAAGGUGGACAUGAUUUACUUGGUGAUAAAAAGCAAAUUAAACAUCAAGUUUUGCUUCGAGGUAAUUUGGCUCUUAAGAAUAAUAUGGUGCAGUCAAUUCCUGUUAGAGUCAUCCGUGGACAUAAAUGUGUGAAUAGUUAUAGUAAGAAAGUUUAUACAUAUGAUGGACUAUACAAGGUUGUCGAUUAUUGGGCUGAUAAGGGUGCUGCUGGAUUUGACGUGUUUAAGUACUGUUUAAAGCGAGAUGGAGGACAACCCAAAUUGCUCAGCAAACAGGUUCAUUUUAUUCGUGGCCGAGGGUCUAAAGUUCAGCCUGAAAUACCUGGGUAUGAAAUCAGCCUUACAUAUACUAAAUCUAUUAAAGUUGCAAAAGAUGUGAACAUUCCAUCGAGUGCUCCUGGGUGCAGUUGCAAAGGAAAUUGUACCAAUCCACUGACUUGCUCUUGUGCUAAACUCAAUGGCUCAGAUUUUCCUUACGUUGCUCGAGAUGGUGGAAGAUUAAUUGAACCGAAGGCUGUUGUGUUUGAGUGUGGUCCAAAUUGCGGCUGUGGACCUGAUUGUGUGAACCGUACAUCUCAGAGGGGAUUAAAUCAUCGACUUGAGGUAUAUCGGACAGCUGACAAAGGCUGGGCUGUUAGGUCUUGGGACUUUAUUCCCUCUGGUGCACCAGUAUGUGAAUACACUGGAGUUCUUAGGAAGAAUGAUGACCUAGACAGCGUCUCAGAGAAUGACUAUAUAUUUGAAAUUGAUUGCUGGCAUACAAUGAACGGGAUUGGGGGAAGAGAGAAGCGAAUGUGCGAUGUGUCUAUUCCAAAUGGUGAUGCUGAGAAAGGAUUUAGCAAGCUAUCAGAAAGUGAGCCUGAGUUUUGCAUAGAUGCCGGUUCCUACGGUAAUGUUGCUAGAUAUAUCAAUCACAGCUGCGAGCCUAACCUCUUUGUCCAGUGUGUUUUGAGCUCUCAUCAUGAUGUUAGGCUAGCUAGAGUCGUGCUAUUUGCUGCAGAUAAUAUACCUCCGUUGCAGGAACUUACAUAUGACUAUGGUUAUGAACUCGACAGUGUGGUUGGUCCUGAUGGAAACAUAAAGAAGUUGCUUUGCUAUUGUGGUGUAGAUGGCUGUCGAAAGCGUUUGUACUAGGCCACAUGAUCUAUAUGUUCUUUGAUUUAUGCAGAAUCCAAUUUGAUGUUUCAAGUGUAUCUCAAUAGCAUUUGAAUUGCAUCCAAUUUGAUUUCUGUGUUUUAUAAAUAUUUUUUUUUUCGAGGGGCUCAGGUCUGUGGUGGAGAUUGCUGAAUGAAAAUGGUAGUGGGUACAUAUU